GAGGGCCGGGCAGUGGGUGUUGCCUUCUACCUCUGCGAACGGGGAGGGGUUAGCUUCCCACAGGGGAUUUCAACCAUCACACUCAGAGCCCGCCUCCUAAUCCUCGGGCGGAGCGGCUCGGGGGGGCCCCCAUUUCAUGGCCAUAAAGCGACUUAGCGUCCGCUGAGCGCGCCCCUCCCCGCCGCCGCCGCCCCCGCCCCCGACCCCACCCCGGGGCUCGCCCGCAGCGGCGGGGCUUUGUUUCUGGGGGAGGAAGGACCCGGAGCUCUUUUGUUUGGGGGGUUUGGUGUUUUCACCCCCCCACCCCCCACCCAGCCUCACCCCGCCCCGCCCCGCCCCGCCCCGCCCCACCCCCAGCACCUCUCGGGUUUCCUGAGCUGCGGGCUGCGAGGGAGGAGCGCGGCGUCCUGCACCCCCUCGGCAGGGCCCCGGGGUAAUCCGAUGCGGGCCUGGCCCGGCUCCCCGCGCUCAGACCCGGGCUCGCGGCUCCUCCGCCGCCUCCACCCGCCACCGGCCCACCCUCCACGGAGCUCAUCAUGUGAUCCGGCUCCUCGGUAUGAAGAAAAUACCUUCUGAAUAAGAGUAAGCGGAUUGGAUAAGGUUGAAAAGAUGUCCAUACCAAUGUUGAGGAGGCUGUGGUGAAUAUGCUUGUUGAAACAUGUGUAAGCUUAUACUUCACUGGGGAAGGAAGUGUAAACAUUUAAAAUGAUCAAUGUGACUCUAGAAACAAAUGGAUGAAUGAGUAUCCAUAUGAAGAGGAAAACAAUAAAGAAUAUCAACACCUCUGAAAACAGAAUGUUAAUGCUUGAUGGGAUGCCGGCAGUCAGAGUCAAAACAGAGCUUUUGGAAUCUGAACAAGGGUCUCCAAACGCCCACAACUACCCCGAUAUGGAAGCUGUUCCUCUGUUGUUAAAUAAUGUGAAAGGGGAGCCCCCGGAGGACUCGUUAUCUGUAGAUCACUUCCAGACACAAACUGAGCCAGUGGACUUGUCUAUCAACAAAGCCAGGACCUCCCCCACAGCCGUGUCAUCCUCCCCAGUUUCCAUGACAGCAUCCGCCUCCUCGCCUUCCUCAACGUCAACCUCUUCAUCGUCUUCUAGUCGCCCAGCCUCCUCCCCAACUGUUAUAACAUCAGUAUCUUCAGCAUCAUCUUCGUCUACAGUAUUAACUCCUGGGCCCCUUGUUGCCUCAGCAUCUGGUGUAGGAGGCCAGCAGUUUUUGCACAUUAUCCAUCCUGUACCACCGUCAAGUCCUAUGAAUUUGCAGUCUAACAAACUGAGUCACGUUCACCGCAUCCCCGUGGUGGUACAGUCGGUGCCUGUUGUCUACACAGCCGUGCGAUCACCUGGAAAUGUGAACAACACUAUUGUAGUGCCGCUUUUGGAGGAUGGGAGAAGUCAUGGCAAAGCACAAAUGGACCCCCGAGGCCUAUCUCCCAGACAAAGUAAAAGUGACAGUGAUGAUGAUGACCUGCCAAAUGUGACCUUAGAUAGCGUUAAUGAAACUGGAUCCACGGCCCUUUCCAUAGCCAGAGCAGUUCAAGAGGUACAUCCGUCCCCAGUAUCAAGGGUCAGGGGAAGUCGAAUGAAUAAUCAGAAGUUUUCUUGUUCCAUUUCACCAUUUAGUAUUGAGAGCACAAGACGCCAGAGACGGUCUGAAUCCCCAGACUCCAGAAAGCGGCGGAUUCACAGAUGUGAUUUUGAGGGAUGCAACAAAGUGUACACAAAAAGUUCUCACCUGAAGGCUCAUCGGAGGACACACACAGGGGAGAAGCCCUACAAGUGCACCUGGGAGGGCUGCACCUGGAAGUUCGCUCGCUCGGAUGAACUGACCAGGCAUUACCGCAAACACACGGGCGUGAAGCCCUUCAAGUGCGCGGACUGCGACCGCAGCUUCUCUCGGUCAGACCACUUGGCGCUGCACCGCCGGAGGCACAUGCUGGUGUGAGGAAGGCCGCCCGUCCAGCUGAGCGUAAGAGCUGGCUCUCUUAGCGGCACCCGGUUCAGCAGGGCUGACUCCCCUCCACAGUGUUCACGCAAAAGGGCAUAUCACCAUCCCACACGAGGUCUGAAAACCAGAGCAGGAACGAGAAGGAACACACUUCUCCUUUCGGUCCGCAGGUAACCCCCCAUCGCGACUCCACGAGACCCGUCUCCACGCCGGCCUGGGAGAUGAUGGGUGACACAGAUGCUGGAGAGGCGGGCAUCGGUGUCCGUGCUGUGUACUCUGCCACUGAACGGUGUUUGUAGCUUGUCCACUUUCCGAGCUGCCAGACUCAUUUGGUUAUGGACCCUUUUAAAGGUCAUCUGCCACAGAUGGAUGGCGAGAGCGGAGACCUUUCCCGCUGGGGAUGAUCCUCCCGUCCAUCCCACCCCCUAACCUCUUUUUACAGGAAUUUCAGUUACCAUCUGAGUGAGACAGAACCCCGGUCCAAUCUGUUACCGGCCAGCAGCACCCACGUAGACAAGAAGAAGCUGUUGGAGAGGUUCCAUCCCCUGAAAAUAAAGGGGGCACUCAGGCGGCCCUUGGCAGUAGCGAUGGCUGCAGCUAGAUAGCACCCGCGCCUUGUCAUCAUGCCAUACCCUGAAGAAAACCAACAUUGAGUCUUUCAUGUGUUCGUUGUUGAUUGGUUUUGUUUUUUGUUUUUUGUUUGUUUUGUUUUGGUUCUGUUUUGUUCAUCUGUCCGCGCAGAGGGGCGGCGACAUUUCAGUCGGAGCCCGGUCCCGGGUCUGCCCUGGCAUGGACUGGCCCAGGGCUGUUCUGUGGUUGAAUAGGAAGAGCCUGUCUAAAAAACUUACUGCCCCACUUCAAAUUGCAGUGUUCUGUCACCCAGGCAUCAUCUCUUCCUGCCCCUAGGAUUUGAUUACAAGGAAUCAGGGGAGGAGGGGAAAAAAAACUUUCUUAGACACACUGGCACCAAGGUAAGAAGAGGUGGGGCCGCCCAGGCAAAGUCAGUGAACAUGAAAAAUCAGACAAAGCAGAGAUGGAAAUAAUGCGCCUCUUGAGGAGAAAAGCAAUAACGAAUAAAAGGACUUUCCUACAAUAACUUCACUGAGGACUCACAUUACCAAUUUUCAUACUUAACUAAAGGGAAUUGUAAAAAACACCCCAGCAUUUUAGAGGUCUUGGUUUCAUUUCCAGCACUGAGGUAAUCUUUCUGCUGUUUGUUGUCCUUGCUAGGUUGACUACCACAAUUAAAGAUUAUGCUCCCCUUUUCUUGUUUGUAAACGGCUAUUUGGUGAGUAGGCCAGGGAGGCAUAGCAGGGAAUUAACUCUUGGGUUAAUGGGUCGGCUCUCCUUGGAACAGAGUCAGUGGCGAGGGUGUGCCUCCCCCCUCCCGCCCCCCAGGAAAGCCUGACAUGGUGCUCCUUUCCUCACUUGGAGAACCGAGGAUACGCGACUCUCCAAUGGGUUCUUUCUAUACAAACUUCUUUUCCUACACUGUGUCAGGGCCCGAUGGUUCUGCAUUGGCAUCUGUUGGGGAUGUUGAAGCCACUUGUCCUGUGCUGAGGGUGAGAGGAAAUUACAGUCCUGUCAACCCCCUAAAAUUAUGAGCCUUUUUGGCAUCUAGCAAAGUAUACAGUAAACAAAGCAAUACAUUACCAACAAGCAUUCUUUCAGAAAAAUUAUCAUAUCUCCCCCCCCCCCCCCAAACCCCACUAAAAAGCUGGGGUAUUUUUUUUCAGCUUUAUGUGGCUAAGGGGGCUUGGUGAGGUUUUUAGUUAUUAUUGUUGUUAAGAUUUUUUAUAGCUUAGAUACAGAUGUUGCCAGCAUAUAGACUUUUGCAAUAUAUUUUCAUUAAAAGCACUUGAUUUUGGGAAUUGCACAAAUUAACCUCACAAUGUUACUAGCUCAUUUUUCAAUGUUUGAACAUUCUGAAAUAAUGUCCAGUUGCAGAAUUAUCCUUUUUUAGGGUUGUCUUCUAAUUCAGAUAAUCUUAUUCUGAUGAAGCAAGGAUUAUAGACAUUGAAACAAAGACAAUUUUGUGUUGGAUGGUAUUAAAAGGAAUUAUUUUUUAAUGUUGAAGCAACAGCAUAAUGAUUUUCAGGUCAAAUUCUGUCUUUAGAAAUAUGUGCUCUGCAUUUUCUACCAGAUCUUAAAAAUUCAUCAGGCAAUUUCCCUCCAACAAGGGCUGCAAUUCUAUUGACAAAUAUCUUCUUUAGCUUACACGAUUACAUACCAAGCACUGGGAUCUUUUUUUUUUUUUUUUUUUUUUUUUUUUACCAACUGGAAAGUUUUUUAUCUGUACUGUAUGCAACUGCUACUUCUCAUUGCCUGUGACCACGUGGAAUAGAAAAAGGCUGCUUGAUGCAUGCCAGCAUUGGUUAUUGGUCAGCAGCAAAGAGCACAGCAUGGGGAACCCUCUCAGCUGAUCCCAGAACCUAGUCGGCAGGUCGUAGGUGAAUCACUCAGGUGCUGUGUGGGCUUCAUUUCAUUCUGCCUGCUCUCAUAAGAAGGCCAGUCCUGCUCUCUGCUAAGAGAUGUCUUGAGAGUGUUACAGGUAGGAAUGGUUUUCAGAAUUCAUGAAACUGACAGGCGGUGGGAGCUUCCUGAGUGGCAGCUUGAUUUAAAUUUAGCCCAGAACUAAAUGAGCUGAUCCUCUGAAAGAACAUAGGAAAGAUUCAGGAAAGUGUGUUUUCCUCCUCCUCCUCUGAAAGUGGGAACCAGACUGGGACAGUAAGCUCACUGAUAAAACCCGUCAGUGUUAACACCAUUCCCCCUCUGAUGUGUCUGAACUUCUAAGGAGGAAUCCAAGCACAAGUAGUGAAUGAGUUGCUGUUUCUCAUCCCAGGGCUGAAACUUACUUGAGUUUUUUAUAGAUGUUCCCCCAAUGGAAAGGAAAGUGGUUUGGGAGAGAAGGAACUGGCUUUUUAAGUAGGAAUAUCUUUAGGCAAAGAACAGCCCCCUCCAGGUAGUUUUAUGUCUAUUCUAGCCUCUUUUGAAAAGCACAGUAGAUAAUGAAUAGAAAAUAAGUUGAAUCCGAAGGAUUCAUCAGAUGUUCCCUCACUAGAAGCGUUCUUUGGUCUGAAAUUUGAAGCUGUUCCGCCAGUGUGCAGUUGGACAUGUGUGCAUGAUUGGGAACUCGCACACAGGUACCCACAGUGAUGGCCUGAGAAGCUACGGGGACCGGACUAUCUCUCUGCAUUGUGGAGAUUGAGUUCAAGGGAGUUCACAUGAUGUGAAAAGCGCUAAGGUUCAGGCUUUGAGGUUUAAAUAGAUUUCCUCUUCAUGUUCUGAUCUUAGGUUGUCAGAAAGAGAUUCACACUUUUCAUCCUCCUCUGGUCCCAUCCUAUCAACUGUGUGCAGACUCAGAGAAGCCUGCCGGAUAACUUACAUUCUCUUAUGGCAUUUAGACUGAAAUUCCUCAUGACUUGACCGUAAAGAUCAUACUAUUGCCUGGCGUUACUUUUACAAAGCAGUAUUAGACAUUCAUUUCCAAAAAGCAGUUGAGUAACAGUAACAUAAACCACAUUGGGGGGAAAAGAGCACUUUUUUUUUUUUCACUUAAUAGAUUAAGUGGGAAAUAGGAAGAGGAUUAUUAGGGGAGGAGGAAAUCUUACAAAAAGCUACAGUGUUUACAAUGCCAGUUCUAGAUUAGAAAGGCCAUUCUCAGGAUGGUUGGCAUGUUGAAAAGCUCAUACAAAGCUGUGUUCAUUUUUAUACAGCCUUUUUAAACUUCUAAUUGCCAUUUGUGUUCCAAACCUAAGUAUAAUUUCUACAUUAAUGGAAUCAGUUCAUUAGAAUGACAAUAUGUAUAUGGAUAAAGAUGCAGUAUUCCUAUUCUGUACUUUAUUUAUUAUACUUACCAAAGCAACAAUUGAAUAAACCUGAUGAGGUGAGGCCUUCAAAUGUACUAAUACGCCUUUGUUAUGUUGUUAUGACUGCUUAGAAAUGUGGCCAGAAUGUUGUUGUGAAGGUGACUUAGUAUUGAUAAUAAGUGUGGACAGAAUUCAGAAGUAUUAAGAAUACCAGCAUGCAUGAUACAUUGAGUUAUGACCUUCAUGUGAGGGACUGGACAUGACAUGUCUUUUAUGCAUCAUAAUAGGCCUAGAAAGCCUUAAUGCUCAUAGUCCAUAAUCCAGUCUCAGAUUUUGCUCUUUACUAAUGCCUAUAGGUUUUGUGAGUAAAUGUAUUCUACAACUUCACUGACCAAAUCUCUUUCUUCAGUUAUUCUGAGGUGGUGUAUCUCAUUUAAAAAUACACAUAUUUUUUGCUUUGAUUUGGUUUUGUUUAAAAACAAGGUUUGCUGUUAUGUCUUCCAUAUUACAUUUCUACUUUUUCCCACACUGCCAUCUACUUACCUGCACAGGCACCACUGAUACAUGCAGACCCGUAUACACACCUGUAUAUGCAGCAGCCAGUGGGCUCAUAAGUCUCAACAGAAAACUUUUUUUAAAAGAAUGAAUUUGUAAUAAUCCAUACUGUCUACAAAUGUAAGUUAUUUACCUUAGUGGGGAAUCAGCUUACAAUGCUAUAUAUGACUUUGCCUGCAUUUUAUAGUUAAGAGGUGUACAUAAAAAAAUUUUAAAUGCUAUAUUUUCACAGUUUCAUUAUAGAGUAAUGUCUGUUUAGCAACCCAUGUCCAUUGGUACUUUUAAGUGUGCUAAAUACUGUGCAAUUACAAUAGUAAUUCAGAUUUUCAUAAGAAAAUGAAAUUGAGGAUACUGCAUCUUUAAAAAAAAAUAGAGUUGAAGAUAUUUUGCUGUAUUCGUAACAUAUGUGAUAGUGGAAAAAGUAUUUUCAAACACAAAUUUUACAGGGGUUGUAAAUAGUUUGAUGAAGUAUGUUGGGGAAAAGAGCUUCUAGUUUUCAUCACAAUAAAAAAAAAGAAAACUUGUUCAGAUAUGCCUUGUAUAUCUUACACACAAUUAGCGAUAUUGCCAUGGGAACUCUGUUCCAUGUUCUCACAGCACAUCCCUUGUGCUCUGACAAAUGGAGUGGCCACUUGUCUCAAUUCAGCCAGGAUGAUUUAAAACACGUUGAACUCAUUUUAAGUCACAAACAACUGAUUCCAAACUCAAAAUGUCUGUACCUGAAAAGGGGGAAACAGCGGCAUAGCUUUCUGCUUGUGCUAAAGAGAAGCAGCUAGCCAUUGUUCUAUUUCCUCAGUUAUCUUCCUCCUCAACCAAGUAGUUCUUGAUAAAA